UACACUUUGAAGGUUCCAAAAGUCGACGGAAGACCAGUUUCUGGAACGUUGAUCAUAAUCAUUUUCUCUCCUUGUAUACCGUGGAGGACUGUCGACGAUGUCGUCUCAAGAUGUACCGAAAACGAUCCCAAACACUAUCAAGUUUGUCUUCGGAGGAGUCGCUGGAAUGGGUGCGACUCUCUUCGUGCAACCGAUGGAUCUCAUAAAGAAUCGGAUGCAGCUGAGCGGGGAGGGCGGUAAAGCGAGACAAUAUACCUCGACAGCGGCUGCGGCCAAGUCCAUAUUCAAGCAGGAGGGUUUCUCCGGAUUGUAUAAAGGCUUGAGCGCCGGACUGCUCAGACAAGCGUCGUAUACCACUGUCAGAAUGGGAGUUUACACAUCGCUCUUUGAAUACGUAUCCGGGAACUCUAAGCCGAACUUUCUGACGAAAGCCGCCAUGGCCAUGUUCGCCGGGGCAGUCGGUGCCUUCGUUGGCACUCCGGCUGAAGUUGCACUGGUCCGUAUGACGACGGAUGGUCGGCUCCCACCAGCCGAACGGCGUGGUUAUAGGAAUGUUUUCGAUGCGAUUAUACGCAUCUCUCGUGAAGAAGGAGUAUUGACUCUCUGGAGAGGCUGUGGACCGACGAUGGGAAGGGCCGUCAUCGUCAAUGGCGCUCAACUGGCUUCUUAUUCGCAAGCAAAGGAGUUCCUACUUUCCCGCGAAAUCGUCGCAGAUAACAUCGGUUGCCACACUGCAGCAGCGAUGAUCUCUGGGCUAGUCACAACGGCUGUAUCCAUGCCCGUCGACAUCGCAAAAACCCGGAUCCAGAACAUGAAGACCAUUGACGGCAAACCGCAGUACACCGGAGCCUUAGACGUGCUUUCCAAAGUCAUCAAGACGGAGGGUAUCUUCGCCUUAUGGAAAGGAUUCCUGCCGUACUAUGCGCGCUUGGGUCCUCACACCGUGUUGACCUUCAUCUUCUUGGAACAAAUGAACAGCGCAUACUUUGUACAUGUUCUCGGUGUAAGCAAGACGACAGCUUCAAUCUGAUGAGGCCUGUCGGAAAUUUCACUGGUUCUCGCUCACGCUUCGAGGGACGGAACUCAUACGGGUCUUUUCAAACCUUGUAGAGUGACUCGGCGAUUCGUUUUAGGGUUUAGAUCGUUAUACAUACGACGUCUGCUAUAUUCCUCAUAUUUUUUUAUGAAAUCUAUCCAUAUUUGGCACAAUACUAGUAAUUGUUGUAGGAGCCCGUUCCUCUCAAGUCUUUCAUCUGAGUCAAUGGCUCGAUAGCCGAUUGGGGCUGCCGUGCCAUACGUGUAAGUUCGGGACUCGGGCGAGGGGAUUUGCUCGAAGUAUUCAUCGAAAGGAACUCGGGCCGAUUUUCUAAGUGAACUUGACCUGUGCAUAUCGAGCUUCAUAACCUCAUCCCGACUCAUAUAGGUCCAAGACGGAAUCCAUGCUGUCGCACUUAGAGCGGCGAUAGACCAUAAUUGGAUGAGCGUGGGCGAUGCGGGCAGAUAUGCAUGAAGAAUGGCCGCGAAAUGAUGGAAAAGACAGUAAUAAAGUUUUGAGCCCUUUUUUUUGCAACACAGAAA